AAAACGAAGAAUAGUCUAGUCAAUUUUUUUUUUUUAUACAAUGAAAUAGUUAUUAUUCUAAGCUGUAGUGCUAUUUACUUAGCGCAGUACUUAUUGUUUUUGUAAGUUGUUUUAUUGUGAUAAGUGAAGAUGCAGAUCCUCAAGGCGCGCCAUAUUUAUUUGACGGCCAAUCAGUUUCAAGCAUGGAGUUGUGCAAGAUCACGAUAUGCGAGCUCGAACGCAAACAAACCGGUCGAAUACAAACCCAUAAGGAGCGUGCUAGUAGCAAAUAGAGGAGAAAUCGCCAUCAGAGUGUUCCGAGCAUGCUCCGAGCUCGGGAUUCGGUCCGUCGCUAUAUACAGCGAACAGGACAAGCUGCAGAUGCACAGACAAAAAGCCGACGAGUCAUAUAUAGUCGGCAAAGGGUUGGCUCCAGUGGAAGCAUACCUCAGUAUCCCGGAAAUCAUCAGAGUGGCUAAAGAGAAUAAUGUGGACGCUGUCCAUCCUGGUUAUGGACUGUUGUCAGAAAGGGCAGAUUUCGCACAAGCGAUCGUGGAUGCGGGCAUGCGAUUCAUCGGGCCGCAUCCCUCUGUGGUGCAAAGAAUGGGAGACAAAGUAGCUGCCAGGAAAGCCGCUAUUGAAGCUAAGGUUCCCAUCGUACCCGGUACGGACGGUCCCAUCACAACCAAAGAAGAGGCUGUCGACUUCUGCAAGAAGCAUGGUCUUCCAGUCAUCUUCAAGGCGGCUUACGGCGGUGGCGGUCGCGGUAUGCGUGUAGUGCGCGACAUGGCCGAAGUGGAAUCAUCCUUCGAGCGAGCCUCCUCAGAAGCGCUGGGCGCCUUUGGCAACGGAUCCAUGUUCAUAGAACGCUUCAUCGAACGGCCUAGGCAUAUUGAAGUCCAACUGCUUGGUGACAAGGCUGGCAAUGUUGUGCACCUAUACGAGCGAGACUGCUCGGUUCAGAGACGGCACCAGAAGGUCGUGGAGGUGGCACCCGCGCCCGGAUUAGACCCAGAGGUUUCGCAAAAAAUGACAGACUGCGCUGUGCACUUGGCCAAACAUGUGGGCUAUGAAAACGCCGGUACCGUGGAGUUCCUUCUCGACAGCAAGGGCAAUUUCUACUUCAUCGAGGUCAACGCUAGGUUACAAGUAGAACACACAAUCACAGAAGAAGUGACCAGCAUCGAUUUAGUGCAGUCCCAAAUCAGAGUGGCCGAAGGCAUGACUCUACCUGAGCUGGGUCUGACACAAGACAAGAUUAAGACACAGGGCUUCGCUAUCCAAUGUAGAGUCACCACUGAAGACCCGGCGAAUAACUUCCAACCUAGCACUGGCAGGCUUGAAGUGUUCAGAUCUGGUGAAGGUAUGGGUAUACGUCUGGACUCCGCUGCCACAUACGCUGGAGCUAUCGUGUCGCCUUAUUACGACUCGCUGCUAGUGAAAGUGAUCUCUCACGCCAACGACCUGCCAGCGGCCGCCGCCAAGAUGACCCGCGCGCUCCGAGAGUUCCGUAUCCGCGGCGUCAAGACCAACAUUCCUUUCCUGCUCAAUGUUGUCGGCAACCAGAAGUUCCUCUCCGGUGCCCUGGACACGUAUUUUAUCGACGAACACCCUCAGCUCUUCAUGUUCAAAGCAUCUCAGAACCGUGCUCAGAAACUGCUCAACUAUCUCGGACAGGUGCUGGUGAAUGGUCCAGCCACGCCGCUAGCCACAUCCAUCCCCCCCGCGGAUAUCACGCCGUACAUCCCCCCGGUUCCUCUCGACCUCUCUCCAGAAGCUGUCAAGAAAUACGAACUUACUGGUGAAAACACAGCCGUGCAGCCUCCAAAAGGCUUCAAACAGAUCCUUCAAGAAGGUGGCCCUGAGGCGUUCGCCAAGGCCGUCCGUCAACAUAAGGGCCUCCUUCUCAUGGACACAUCCUUCAGAGAUGCCCAUCAGUCCCUCCUAGCUACCAGAGUUCGAACACAUGAUCUGCUGGCAGCCUCUCCAUAUGUAGCACAUAACUUUAGCAACUUAUAUUCUAUGGAAAACUGGGGUGGAGCCACUUUCGACGUUGCACUUAGGUUCCUGCACGAGUGCCCUUGGGAGCGCCUAGAAGACAUGCGGCGGCUCAUCCCCAACAUCCCCUUCCAGAUGUUGCUCCGCGGCGCCAACGCUGUCGGCUACACCAACUAUCCCGAUAAUGUCGUCUACAAGUUCUGUGAGAUGUCGGUUAAAGCCGGUAUGGACAUCUUCCGUGUGUUCGACUCUCUAAACUACCUGCCCAACUUAAUCCUCGGUAUGGAUGCGGCGGGUAAAGCCGGGGUUGUCGAAGCUGCCAUUUCUUACACGGGCGAUGUGUCAGACCCUAACAAGAAGAAAUACGACCUGAAGUACUAUUUGAAUCUGGCUGAUGAGCUGGUCAAAGCUGGGACGCAUGUGCUGUGUAUUAAAGAUAUGGCUGGAUUGCUCAAACCACAGGCGGCUAAGCUCCUGAUCUCGGCGAUCCGCGACAAGCACCCCGACGUGCCGAUCCACGUGCACACGCACGACACGUCGGGCGCGGGCGUGGCCGCCAUGCUGGCGUGCGCGCGCGCCGGCGCCGACGUGGUGGACGCCGCCGCCGACUCCAUGUCCGGCAUGACCAGCCAGCCCAGCAUGGGCGCGCUCGUCGCCUGCCUGCAGGGCUCCCCGCUCGACACCAAAAUCCCCCUUCAAAAAGUAUCGGAGUACUCCGCGUACUGGGAACAGGCGCGCACAUUGUACGGGCCGUUCGAGUGCACGGCCACGAUGAAGUCCGGCAACGCGGACGUGUACCUCAACGAGAUCCCCGGCGGCCAGUACACCAACCUGCAGUUCCAGGCCUUCUCGCUCGGCCUGGGCAGCCAGUUCGAGCAGGUUAAGAAGGCUUACAGAGAAGCGAACCUCAUCCUCGGCGACAUCAUCAAGGUCACGCCCUCGUCGAAGGUCGUCGGCGACCUGGCGCAGUUCAUGGUGCAGAACAAACUCACCGCCAAGGACAUCGAGGCCAAGGCUGAGGAGCUCUCCUUCCCCAAGUCUGUGGUGGAGUUCCUACAGGGAGCGAUUGGCCAGCCGCAUGGCGGGUACCCUGAACCUUUGAGAUCCAAAGUACUGAAAGACAUGAAGAGAAUCGACGGACGGCCCGGCGCGGAAAUGCCGCCGCUCGACUUCGACAAACUCAAGGCUGAAAUCCAAGAGACCUACCCGCAGAUCACCGACUACGAUGUGAUGUCGGCAGCUAUGUACCCGCAAGUCGCGAACGACUUCUUCAGGAUCCGCGAGAAGUAUGGCCCCGUCAAACAUCUGGACACCAAGACCUUCCUCGUCGGACCUUCGGUCGGCGAAAGCAUCGAGGUGAAGAUCGAGCGCGGAAAGACGCUCGACAUCCGCACGUUAGCUGUUUCCGAUGAGAUGACCGCGGCUGGCGAGAGAGAAGUGUUCUUCGAACUCAACGGACAACUUAGAAGCGUCUUCAUUAAGGACGAGACGGCUAGCAAGGAAAUGAAGAUCCACCCUAAAGCCAUCAAGGGAGACAAGAACCAAGUUGGAGCCCCGAUGCCUGGCACUGUUUUAUCGGUGAAAGUGAAGGAAGGCGACAAAGUAGAAAAGGGCCAAGCUAUCGCGGUCCUCUCAGCCAUGAAGAUGGAGAUGAUCGUCCAAGCGCCCAAGGCGGGCACCAUACAAACCGUGCUCAUCACGAAUGGACAGAAACUCGAGGGCGAUGACCUCAUUGCCACUAUUGAAUGAACAGCGUAACGUGUUAGGUUAUGCGCCCACAGCUUUGUAACCGCAACUAUAUUGUUGCGUCGCUCCGUAGUCGCACUUUCAUACUGGCCCAUGGACUGGUGGUGUGAGAGAAGACUUAGUUGCGGCGACAAAGUUGCCCGUGGGCCCACUCUUAAGUUUUAUUUAGUGAUUCGUUUCGUUUCUUUUAUAUUUUGUGUGUAUGGAAGGAUGAAUGAUAAUUGUAAACUUUUCUGUCUUCCGAGCGGAAAGCGUCAAAUUUCGGGCCGCUGCGCUAAAUAAAGAUACCGCUUCCAGGCUCCGUGAAACAGAAAAAUAGUGCAAAUCUUGCCCAGUAAAUAAACCUCAGAUCAUGUUUGUUAGCCUCGGUUCCGCUUCGGCCGAUAAUUACAUGUGUUCUGAAACGUUUCUUAAUUUACUGGCUCUAAAUUGUAUGCUACUUAGGUGACUUAUCAUCCCAGAUGAUAAUGCUGGCUAUCAUUCUUCCUUAUUAGUUCGAUAGAUUGGGGUUUCGUUAGCUUUGAAGCGUAAGCGAUUGGCAUUUUGGCUAGCGUAUGUUUCGAUUAGAUAAUUAUUUUUUGAAUAAAAUUUCGGUUACUUAACCGGUUUUCGUACUAUUUUAAACCUACAGCUUUUGAUCAGUAUGUUAAAUUUUACGAUAAGUUGAUCUUGAGAAAAAAUUGGAUUCGAUUUUAUAAAUCGAUUUUUAUGUAUAUUUGUGUAAGUCAAAAUAUUUUUUGUUAAGUACUUAUAAAACUUUUUCGUUGUUUUGAAAUUCUCUUUUUAUAUUUAAAAUGUUGUUUGUUAAAUGUGUUUUUUUAUAACUGAUAUUAAUAUCUAAGAAACGCAGCGACUCUAAGAGUGAUAGUUAAUAGUUUUAAUGUUACUUAAUUUAUAAAUAUCCUGUUUUUAUAUUUUUUAUUUGGCACAAGCAUAAAUGUAAGCAGCAUUUUAUACGAAAAUACUAUUGUAUGUAUGAACUUAAUUUUUUUUUAUGUAUUUUGCGAUUUAUAUUAAUUCUAUUGAAUCAUGGAUUAAACAAAUUGAAGAUUUAUUUACCAAGUAAAAUAUUCGACUAAAAGCAUUUUCAGCAUUUCAAAUCAAAUCGCAAAAUAUUUAUACCUAUUUAGGAAGCUUCAAAUCUUUACCCGACCGCGGCAAAGCCCAAAAGGGUACUGUUAUUGACCGAACUGUGAUAUCAACCACUAAAAGUGGUGAAGUGACUUAUAGCAUCACAGUAAAAAAAAAUAGCUCAAUUAGGGAUUGGGAAAGGUAUUUUUCGAAAAAAAAACCGUUAUUUUUAUGGCAAAAAAUAUGUAUUAAAUACAUUUCGAGCUUUUAAGCUCUCAAAGAUGAUUCUGAAACUGAAAUUGUUAACUGAAGAUUUGGUUGUACUUAAUUUGUUUUUUUUUUUUCGUAAAAGGACAGACUAGAAAUAUGACUUCAUUUAAAGUCUGGCAUAAAGUUCUUUGAAUUUUGUUGUUUAAGAAUUAAAGGAACAGAAGUUACUUCAAAUAAAUGUUUAUAGUUUUGGUCCGUAUUCAAUAUCUGUUUUUCUGUACUGCCCUAUUCGGUGUAUUUAUAUUUACCCCCCACAAGGUUUAGGGGCUAGGAGUACACUUACUGUUUAAGAAAAGGCUCCAUCAAAAGGGGGCGCUGCACUACUUUUUUUUUUCAAAUCACUGAAACCUAAAAGUCAAUUAUAUCCUACUGUAGCGCCACUCUGGAAGAAUUUGGAACUAUUAUGUACUGACUUUUAGACAUUUCUGAAACUUAGUUGUCUCCUUGCCUCUAGCCAUAAUUAUCUUAUAGAUCCCGGUAGUUAGUCAUUCCAUACAACAGGGUGCAAUGAAAAAGGUAUGGACAUAUCACAAAAUAAGACUAUGUUUAGUUGUAAAUUAAAACUUAGAUAUAAGCCGAUCUGUCUGUACUUGAGACUAAGUUAAGAGAUGUUUGUAUGUUGGUGCUAAUUUUGUUAUCAUUCUGUAAUAUUGUUAUUUUCAUUUUUACGUUUAUGCAGCAAUAUAUUGAUUUUAUCAUA